UACGCCAUUUUCGUUAAUCUUCGUGUAAAUCAUCGUAUGUCAAGGCGUUGUUCAUCAUAAUUUUCAAGAAGACUUGCAUGGGAAGAAAAAUUUUAUUUUUUGCGAGGUUUACAAAAGAGGUUCCGAAUUGAGGCUUUUUAACAUUGCUUCAAAUAAUAAUAAUAACAAAUAAGAAAAAAGUAUUCACACAAAUUUUUUACAAUAUAUUUAAUUUAAUACGAACGAAACGGGAGUGAUUUCCAGUUAAUUUAAAUUAAAAACCAAUGACGACGAUUCGCAAGAAAUUGGUAAUUGUCGGCGAUGGUGCGUGCGGUAAGACUUGCCUACUGAUAGUCUUCAGUAAAGACCAGUUCCCAGAAGUCUAUGUGCCCACUGUUUUUGAAAAUUAUGUGGCCGAUAUUGAAGUCGAUAGUAAACAGGUGGAAUUGGCCUUGUGGGAUACAGCUGGUCAGGAGGAUUAUGACAGACUUCGACCUUUGAGUUAUCCAGAUACAGAUGUAAUAUUGAUGUGUUUCUCGGUAGAUUCCCCAGAUUCUCUAGAAAAUAUUCCUGAGAAAUGGACCCCUGAGGUUAAACAUUUUUGUCCAAACGUUCCCAUUAUAUUGGUGGGCAAUAAAAAAGAUUUGCGAAAUGAUCCCAAUACAAUUAGGGAUCUUGCGAAAAUGAAGCAGGAACCAGUUAAGCCGCAAGAGGGUCGAGCUAUGGCUGAAAAAAUUAAUGCCUUUGCCUAUUUGGAAUGUUCAGCCAAGUCUAAGGAAGGUGUUAGAGAUGUCUUCGAAACGGCCACUAGAGCCGCAUUACAAGUUAAAAAGAGAAAGAAGACCAAAUGCAUUUUACUCUAAAAGAGUCUAUAAAAACCUAAAGAAAAAAAAAAAAGAAAAAAAAUAAUGUAGCGACAACCAACAGCAACAGUAACGGCAACAACAACUAUCUUAUACACACAAUCAAGAUUAGCACACACGCUCCUC